CGCCCGACCGCCGGCCGCCGCCGCUGCUCCGCGGAGCCACCCCCGCCCGGCCCCGCGUCGCGUCCGCCUCCGCUCGCUGCGCAGCGGAAACAUGGCGGCGGGCAGGGAGUGAGCCGCCCCGCGCCCGCAGUGCUAGACUGGGGCGAUGUUAGGAAACGCGGAUGCGGCCACCUGCCAGAGUCCACACUCCAAGACCGAGUAGAAGCUACUGACAUCCUGGAGCUAGUGUGCUUCAGGCCUGGGAUUUCAGAAACGAAACUGGUAGUAUUUCUCAGUCAGUCUUCAGGGGUCUGACACGAGUGUCAGUCUUAACCUCAUAAAAAUCCAGCGUGUUCCUUAAAGAUGACUAUUCCGAAGGUAGCACGCAGUAGGAGAACCCUGGACGAGGAGUCAGAACUCCCGGAUUCUUUGAAAGCCGGUUUUGCCACUUAGUAACUUCGCGACACCAGUCCUGGGUUUUCUCGCUUGUGAGUGGGGUGACAAUCCCAGGCGACCUGCGUCCCCGGGUUGUUAAGAAGAUGGCAUGAGCAGGUGCAUGUGAAAACAUCUUCGGAAGGCUCAAGCACGUCUCCGCUGGAGGAUCCCUGUUUCCACUGUUCAGCAGCCACCCUCAGACUCUCAGGCAGAUCGUGCGGCGUUCUUUGAAGGGAAGCAGUCUAUGAGUAUGAGCUAGAGGAAUGAAUGAAAUGAAGUAAUGCAGGUCAAGGGCCUGACGCUUGAUAAGUAGUAAAUGACGAGCCCUUUUUAUUCUUCCUUGAAACUCUCCUCAGGCUUUCUAAGGUAGUGUGUCAAGAAAAGCACGGACGUGAGAAGCAGAGAGGUCUUGGUUCAGUCUCAUUCCCCACCUGCCAAAUUUGUGGCUUCAGGAAAAGGACUUAAUCUUUCUGAGCCUAUUUCUCCGUCUUUAAAAUGAGACUGAAACCUGCCUUUCGGGUUCUAACGACUAGGGAAAUACUGAAUGUCUUGUGGCCGUCAGAAGGCCCUUAGCCGCAGCCGCUGUGUCUUGGGGUUUCUUGGUUGUACGAAGGAUAACAACAAUUCUAGUUCCGUGACACUUAAAAGGUCAUUUUACCUGGGACAGAUACCUAAAAGAAACAUGUUCAGUCCCAGCGCCUGUCCAUUGCUUCAAGCAGUCCUGCACACCUCCGAGCAACGAGUUCAAGAUCAGCAUGAAAUUGGAAGCCCAGGAUCCCAGGAACACCACGUCCACCUGUAUCGCCACAGUAGUCGGGCUGACAGGUGCUCGCCUCCGCCUUCGCCUGGACGGCAGUGACAACAAAAAUGACUUCUGGCGGCUCGUCGACUCAGCUGAAAUCCAGCCUGUCGGCAACUGUGAGAAGAAUGGGGGUAUGCUGCAGCCCCCUCUGGGCCGCCUCUGGACCUCUCCCCAGAGUUGCCGAAUCAGAAUCUCUAGCUGUGUUCUCCAUGUAGCAGUGCCACAUCUACAAACUUCCUUACAACCACGACCCCAGAAGAAGAAAGGCUGCAACACGCACGCGAGAAAACAGUUGACCCGGUUCGGGACACACGUGUGCAUGCGUCUGGUCUGGGGAUGCCGGGGCUCCUCUCUGACGUUGUUUUCCGUCCCAUGGCCAGGAUUUCGGCUGAAUGCCUCCUCUUGGCCCAUGUUCCUUUUGAAGACGCUCAAUGGAGCAGAGAUGGCUCCCAUCAGGAUUUUCCACAAGGAACCACCAUCGCCUUCUCACAACUUCUUCAAAAUGGGAAUGAAGCUAGAAGCUGUGGACAGGAAGAACCCGCAUUUCAUUUGCCCAGCCACGAUUGGGGAAGUGCGGGGCUCGGAGGUGCUUGUCACUUUUGAUGGGUGGCGAGGGGCCUUUGACUACUGGUGCCGCUUCGACUCCCGGGACAUCUUCCCUGUGGGCUGGUGUUCCUUGACGGGAGACACCCUGCAGCCGCCCGGCACUAAAGUUGUGAUUCCAAAGAAUCCCUAUCCUGCCUCCGAUGUGAACACUGAGAAGCCCAGCAUCCACAGCAGCACCAAAACUGUCUUGGAGCACCAACCAGGACAGAGGGGGCGUAAACCAGGAAAGAAGCGGGGCCGGACACCCAAGCCCCUAAUUCCCCCUCCCAUCUCUACCCCAUCCAAGUCAGCUGAACUUUUGAAAUUCCCAAAGAAGAGGGGUCCCAAACCUGGCAGUAAGAGGAAACCUCGGACUUUGCCGAACCCACCACCCACCUCACCAACAACCAGCACCCCCGAACCGGAUACCAGCACUGUACCCCAAGAUGCUGCCACCGUCCCCAGCGCAGCCAUGCAGGCCCCCACAGUUUGUAUUUACUUGAACAAGAACGGCAGCACAGGCCCCCACUUAGAUAAGAAGAAGGUCCAGCGGCUCCCUGACCAUUUCGGGCCUGCCCGAGCCUCCGUGGUGCUGCAGCAGGCUGUCCAGGCCUGCAUCGACUGUGCUCAUCAUCAGAAAACCGUCUUCAGCCUCCUCAAGCAGGGCCACGGAGGCGCAGUCGUCUCAGCCGUGUUCGACCGCGAGCAGCACACCCUCAGCCUCCCAGCUGCCAACAGCAUCACCUACGUCCUCCGCUUCCUGGAGAAACUCUGCCACAACCUUCGCAGUGACAAUCUGUUUGGCAACCAGCCCUUUGCACAGACUCACGGCCACGCCAGGUACCUACCAGGUGAGACCUUUACCCUGGGAAAUAGUCUGGCCCGGUCCUUGGCGCCACACUCAGACUCAAUGGACUCUGCCUUGAAUCCCACCAGCCUUGUCAGCACCUCCCCAAAUCUUCGAAGUGGGUACCGACCUUUGCUUCCACCCUGUGGCCUCCCGCUGAGCCCUGCCUCAGCUGUGCGCAGGCUCUGCUCCAGGGGGUCGGAGCGACACCUGGAAGGCCGGGACGCCUCUCGACUGAGUGGCCGGGACCCCUCCUCGUGGACGGUGGAGGAUGUGAUGCAGUUUGUCCGGGAAGCGGAUCCUCAGCUCGGACCCCAUGCUGACCUCUUUCGCAAACACGAGAUCGACGGCAAGGCCCUGCUUCUGCUGCGCAGCGACGUGAUGAUGAAGUACAUGGGGCUGAAGCUGGGGCCCGCGCUCAAGCUCUCCUACCACAUCGAGCGGCUGAAGCAGGGCAAGCCCUCCAGCUCAUCGUCUCUCUCCAGACACUAGAUUUCCAGAGGAGGGCGGCGUCCUGCCCUGGCCCCAGACGGGCCCUCUCCAGGGAGGCGCGGCCCCUUGGCAGAGGUCGAGACCGGGCGCUCUCUUUGGGUGGACAGGCCCGAGCUUGGGCCACGUCGUUGCGCACGGGGAGGAGGGUCCUUGGCGCCUUCCCUCCCCGCCCCCCCCGGGCCCCCUGCAGCCCCGUCUGUGGGAAUGGGAGGCCCCGCCCUGCCCUGUCCCCACCAAGCUCCUUGCCUUGGCUGGAAUUGCUGCUGAAGAAGGUGGGUCCCGUGGCGUUAGGGCCUCUAAGACGGCUGGGAGAGAAGGGUCCCGGCUGGGGUCUGGUCGCCCCCACUGCACUGUCCCCAUGCUUCCUUUGUAAGCACGUCAGCAGCAUAGCUGCCCCUGCUGCCCUCUGGACUUAUUUUAUGUCAGUCUGUUUAUAAAUAAAAACAAUAUAGAUGCCA